AUGGCAUUCACUAUAAAUCCUGCCAUUAAGAAGUCACAUACAUUUUCUUCCUUCAUCAACCAUCUUACCAUGAAUCCUUCUGGUCGAUUUGACGGAAAAGUUAGUUUUAUCAUGAAGUUCAAAGCGCGCCUACUCUCCUUCGCGGCUAGAAAGUCGAGAAAGCAUGAAAAAGAAGCUCUCAUAGUCGGCAAGCUUCGGGAAACACAGUCAGUGAUUGUGUCUGAGUACAAGGAGCAACUUGGGAGAGAGACCAACAUCGUCUCAGAAGAAUGGCUCUUCAAUAUUCCAAGCCUGCGCACUGCCCACGCUGCCGAGCUGCAAGCUCAGCGGGUUCAGUUCUCAACUGGGCAGACCGCCGAGUUACUCUCACACGCGAGAAAGCUUGCUGAAGGAUUUCCAGGUCACACUGUCAAGAUAGAAGCAGCUGGUCUGUGA